AUGAUAGUAUUGAACACUCCAGAGAUUGUUUUAUUUGACGCCGACUGCCCGCGCAGCUACGGAAAAUGCCCCGUUUACUGCGAAGUUCGUAAGAGACAGUUCUCCUCCACAAGCUGAUAAACAUUUCCAGCUCAGUUUUGCCGCAGCUUCUGUAACCCUCUGUGCUGUGGAACGGUUGCGGCUUGCGGAAAGGUGAAAGGAUACGACCACAACUCGACAAUGUUUAAACUCCGUGGCAAACAAUUUUGGCAUGCGCCACAAACGGACGCUGUUGGGGUUUGGGCAGAAGAUGAGGUCCACGUUUUGCCGGUACCACAGCCUGGCAAGGACGGGUCAGUUAAUGCAAAAAAGACUGCCCCAAUGUUAGUUGUUGCAAUUGGGCCGAUGAGUCAGUUGGCCGGCCUCGGUCAUACUGUCAACACAUCUGGUGUUCAUGAAUAACGUUUGAUUCUAAUCAAUAGACCAAGUGAUGUCAAACUGAGACAGGCAAAAACGGGCCGAUGAAGUACACUUUGCCAAAAAAGACGCGAAAAAACGUUUUAUCGGGGAAGAAAUGGGGAAUUUUUGGGGCGAGAGAGUACGCCUUUGCGUGUCUUUUUUCUCUCUUUCUCUGCGAAAUCAAGACGAAGUGUAAACAAUCGAUAGCGAAGAGUCUAUUCCGGCCACCGGACUCCUCAGUUUGACGUGAUAUCCAAAUUCGCCCAGCGGGAAUAGGGCGAGUCAGGCCUCAGAAUCAGAAUUUCUCGAGCUGGUCUCUCAUUUGACCGUUUUUGUCUAGCCAUUUAAAAAAAUUGACUGUGAUUCCUACUCUCUGACACGCAUUCCAAACCUUUCGGCAAUACUUUUUUUAUGAAAAAUCAGACCUUGGCUAGCCGUUCCGUGUUCCCCAAAUCAUCAAACGAAACGCCCCCCAUACUAAGGUUAGCCGAAUUUUUGCAAAAUAUGCGACGUAUUGGCAAUUACCAUCCCUCUUUUCAUCUAUCGAAAACUCCAAAAAAGCAAGAAACUUUUCGACCAUUUUCUACCGAAAACACCGGUUCUCUACAGUGGGGGACCUGAUCCAGUGGCAAAAACGUACCAUUUUGCAUCCGGGAGGUAUCAAAAAUUGCGGCAAAAUGCUUCCCUCUCCAAGUGAACACACUCCGAUUUCAAAAGCGCGCCCUUUUUUGUGACGGAGAGAGGGAAGCAUCUUGCCACAUUUUUGAUGCUUCUUGGAUGCAAAAUGGUACGUUUUUUGCCACUGGGUCCUUCACUGUAGAUUUAUGUACCAUCGGUUGGUUCUUGGGAACUUCUCACCGAAUCGUGGCAAUAAAUUUAUGCCAGACUUUUCAGGGAUCGGAUGAGCCUGGGCGUUGUCGACCUUGUUUUGCAGACACCCCGUGUUCCAUUCUUUGACCCUAAAAACCCAGCCAAGUAAGUUCACACGUGUACGAGUAAAAUAACUGCGCAAAACUCACAGUGGUUCCAUCGGUCUUGGUAGGCAUCCGACGAUCAAAAACUUUGUUCAUCUUCUCCUCGAACGCGGCUUGAUCAACCAUACGUCUGUAACGAUAGCGUUCCCAGUAAAAUCUCCUAUUGGCCGAUUGCAGUAUUACUACACUUUUGGCGAAAUGGAUACUGAAAAUUGCCAUGACAACAUGAAACUGGUUAGCGCUGUAGGCGAGCGUGAGUGGAUUUUCGACGCGAUCGCCGUUAACUUCUUCGGCUAUAAGAGCGAAGGGAUGUUUCGAGUAGGCGAACGUUUUCUGUUAUAUAGUGGGGGGACCUGAUCCAGUGGCAAAAAACGUACCAUUUUGCAUCCAGGAAGCAUCAAAAAUGUGGCAAAAUACUUCCCUCUUCAAGUGAAAAAAUCUUCGAAGGGCGCGCCACGUCAAACUAAGAUAUAUAAGCUAAAACAGUCCGGUGAGUGAUGGAUUGGAAAUCUGCCAAAAAAAGAGGCGAAAAAACUUUUCGUCGGGGAAGAAAUGGGGAAUUUUUGGGGCGAGAGAGUACGAUAGCGAAGGUUCCCCUUCCCUCACAAAAAGAGCUGGCGCGCUUUUGAAAUCUGAGUUUUUUCACUUGGAGAGGAAAGCAUUUUGCCACAUUUUUUGAUACUUCCUGGAUGCAAAAUGGUACAUUUUUUGCCACUGGAACAGGUCGCCCACUGUACCUUCUUUUCAGAUGAUCCUAACUGAAGGUAUUGCCGUUCAACUGCCGAGAAAUGUUCUUCAACAAUUCAUUGAAGCAGGUGUAUUCACAAGGUACCCAGUGAUCUACGAGAAUGUGUACUACAUAAAUCAGUCUUUGUUGGUGGAAGAUAAGAUUUCCUUUCAAAUAGAUGAGCAGCUGCGGAUUGAUGGAGACUCCAAGACCAUGGGAAUUGCAGUGGAAGGAACUGCAGCAAUCUUUUCCCCGAUCGAUCCGAACCCGGACAAUGUGCAGUGGAUUGUGGGCAGAAUGAUAUAUCACCAGUACUGUGUGACGCUCGACUAUGAGAGAGGAACGAUCGGAUUUUCCAAGGUCAAAGACAUACAUUAUAUAAAUGAUUGA